AUGGCCACCGUGCUAGUUCAGCAGCAAGCGCUGCACCACUCGACCCCUCCUCCCUCUCCUAUCCCCUCAGCCUUGACCGUCAACCGACGUUCAAGUCCUAUCCCGAACAGACAUAUUCCAGUAUGCCCCACUGGCCCUAUUCCAGCCCCUCAGCCUACUUCCGCACCGCGAUCAUCCAGCGAUCAGCCGUCCUCGCUAUUAUCUCCUCCAGAUGAGAAAAUGCGCAUUGGACGAACCACAUCCCCCGCUGUUUAUGCUAUUGAUGGCGCCAAAUUGGCAGCUGCUAUCGCUCAUCAAGCAUCGCAGCCUUUACCUGAUCCAUCUUUGAUGUUUCCUUGGCUCCAUGGACUGCAUCAAGACAACCAUCUGCAGCUAGGUUUCUUUUCAAGUCGCAGGCGCCAUGCUCGUCGCACUCCGAAAUGCUGGCGGGGUAUCACCGUGGUCAAGCUGGGAGGUGACUUGACCAAGUCACGCAUCAAGGGUGCAGUGAGCGCCCAUGAAGUGUUGGCACCGUCAUGCCGCUUCUUGAUGGCCGAUCCUCCCGAGGGAUUCUCCGUCCGCAAUUUCCAAAUACAAACUGCCAAGUUGGCUGCGAUGUCGGAUAUUGUUAUUUAUGCCGAAGAUAACAACAGUCAUACUGGACUUGUUGAGUUGGCCAACCAGUUUGCCAAGGCCCAGCAGGCAUGGCGAAUGAAGAUGGAUCCCAUGCAGGAGCGACCAACCUACAAUACCUUUAUCCUUGCCGACAAAUUUACCAAUGUUGCGGAGAAACACCCAGAGAUUAUUGCCAUCGAUUCAAGCGGUCAACCUACAGGCCGAACUAUGGAUUUCGGUAACUUCAAACCUUGCUACGCCCUAAAGUUUAUGCUAACAAAAUUGGUAGUCCAAUGGGAACGACUGGAAAUGACUACGAUGUCCCGUGCAUCCGAGAUUUCGUCCAAUCUUUGGCUCGGGCCAACUCCGGACUACUUCCAUACGACCGUUGCUCUGGAGUUGGCAAAGGAAGAUGGCUAUGACCUGUUGAUCGAAACAUGCGACAUGGCCAACAUUCCUGGCCCACGGUUCCUCGCAAUGCUCGACAAACAGAUUGAGAGUGGUCCUCAGCGCUUGGAGUUCCCCUCUUCGGGAUCUCUUCUGCUUCCAUCGGGAAACACCAGAGAGGUUGAGGACAUUGUCAACACCAUCAGGUGGAUCUACUAUCUCGCGCACCCAGAUAAUUCAUCGGAAGAGCUUGAAACGGACGGAGAUGUCGACGGAGAUGUCGCAAUAACCAAAUCGAGCGGGAAACCACGCAAGAUUCUCAUCCACUGCGCGGACGGCUAUACCGAAAGCUCGUUGUUGGCCGUGGCGUACUUCAUGUUUGCAGAAGGCGUGCCUGCCCAUGAAGCUUGGCUCCGACUUCAUUGCAAUAAGAAACGCAACUUCUUCGCCUAUCCGACCGACGUUGCUUUCCUAUCCCACAUCCAAGGACGUCUGUUGCAGGAAAGCCCCGCGACACAGUCGAUGGAUCUCUCGGAAAUCUCAGACCCGAAUUGGUUUCACCACAUGGACGGCUCCUUCCCCAGCCGUAUCCUGCCGUAUCUUUAUCUGGGCAAUCUGACGCACGCAAACAACCCGGAGCUUCUGUGGGAGCUUGGGAUCAAGCGUGUGCUUAGUAUUGGCGAGGCUGUCAAUUGGACAGAUGCUGACCGUGCCAACUGGGGAGCGGAUAACUUGAUGUACAUUGACAAUGUCCAAGACAAUGGCAUUGAUCCUUUGUGUCAGGAGUAUGAUCGUUGUUUGGAGUUCAUUGAAAAAGGAAACGAACAAGGCAUGGCCACAUUGGUCCAUUGUCGAGUCGGUGUUUCGAGGUCCGCAAGUAUUUGCAUUGCUGAAGUUAUGGCCUCCAAAGGCCUCUCUUUCCCGCGUGCAUAUUGCUUUGUCCGCGCAAGACGUCUCAACGUCAUCAUCCAACCUCAUCUUCGCUUUGUGUAUGAACUCCUUCAAUGGGAGGAAUAUCAAAUGAAGAAGCGAGGCGAGGCCGUCAAGCGAGAGCUUGAAUGGGGCACUGUUGCGCGUGAGAUAGCUCUGCUGAACAAGCCCUACUCGAGGCACUAA